AUGCUUCAGCUUUUCUCCGCAUGUGUGGCGGACACAAUAGUGCUAUUAAUUACAAGCAGUCACUUGACCGGCUUGGCGCUGCUCGUGACAUUGGUGGAGUGUAUUCUCAGUAACCCAGAUAUUGCACAUGGCCAUCACCGCCUUAACCUCACACGUUCAGAGGCAGUUGAUCAUAUCGGACGUUCAAUGUGGGUCGGCGACAUCAUCUCCAGCAACUGCAACCUCCAGAGUGCUUGGGAACAGGGUCGACAUGAGGCUACCAACAUUCUACAACUCACGCAGAUGCCUGUUUCAACCUACGACUUCGAUUUAUAUUUCUUCCCUGGAUCAGGGAUUGAUUUGCAAUGUGUUUUUGGUGAGGGAAGGUAUCCAAGCAUUGAUGAUGAUGAAGGGGAUGAAGAUCGGUCACUCAUAGCGCUUCUGACACCAACUAUACCAACUACUAUCCAAGACCUGCAGCAUGACCCUUGCCCAGCGCCUGUGGAACAUGACGAAGAAGAUGAACUAGCACUCGAAUUCGAGGAGAUGCUCAACGAUACAUCCAAGACUACGCACAACCCUCAGCCAACAGCACCACCAAGUGGUCCUGGCAUUCAUAGCACAGAUUUCAUUUGGUGCAACAAGAAGUGGGUACACAAGCAAAGUGUCUGCCGACUCAUCAUUACUCCAAAUUUCACUCCCAAAUCACAAGCUUGGCUCUUUCGUGUACGAGGGUUCUCAUCUGUCAACAAGAGGUUUGACGAUGUCGAAAUCAACCAUGUUCUUCACGGUGAUCAGUUCCUCACGGGAGACUUGUUCCUUACUCUCAUCCGAACGACGAACAAAGUUACUGGGGAGAUUCUUACUCUGGUACCUUCACAAACAUCUGAGCCUGACGUCCUUUGGGUUUGGACUGGCUCCUAUUUGAAGACCACUUCCAUUGUUCCAGGGAUGAGCAUGUGCACACUAAAGGUAGUCACUAUAUCUAUCCCCGGACACCUCCUCGAACUUGUAAAUCCUCAUGUCAUGGAUGUGCAAGACCACCUCUCGCCGGAGCAGAUGCACAAGGUCAACUCGAAGGGAGUGACAUGGGCAGUGGCCGAUGAAGCAUUGCAGGCUGCUGUGGGAUUGUUAUGGAUGAAGGUUGCGGAGUUGAAGAUGCCAAUUAAUUCUAUCACCUCACUCACAAGUGAAAACUCUGGCUUUCCAUACAAGAUGGAUAUUGGAUCAGAUGCCCUCGUUUGCACAGCAGGGACGGAGAUUCUAACAACAUCAGGACAUGGCCAAGCAGUGACAAACUGUGCACUAACAUUGAAGGACACACACGGGAUGCGGUGGGAGACGAAAUGUCCCCGCAAAGAGUCAUUCCAGUAUGGGAGCGCUAUCAAAGGGUCCAACACUCGUCCGUGUUGCAAUGUCCCGAUUGUAUGCAAGUUGUGUGUCCAUCAGGGUCGAGACACCGACUGGCAUCCUGCCAUCUGGCAUUACAAUCUGGAGACUCACUUGGACCAGCAGCACCCAGAGUAUGCACAUCCAGGCAAGCCAGCUGGAGCUCUCCUUCCUCGCAAUAUGUAUGACGCACUUGCUCUCACUGCUGCCGAGGAGAAGAAGGCAGGUGUCCCUGCUUGA